AUGCCCCUCAAUACCCUCCGUCUCAACCAUCAAAAAUCAACCCACCCCAACGACCGCAUCGUAUUCAUCAAACCACUCCCACGGCCCUCAUCCGACCGCACCUCCUACGAUUUAGCCGACACAUUCCUCCGCGCUAUCGCGGCGCAAUGUCUGCCCAUAAUGAAGAACCAUUUUCUGUCCAUAACCACACUCGAAGAACACGAGCCCAACCGCGAAUUCAUCGGACGCAACUUCAACAACGGCGAAGUAAUCCAACUGGUUCUCCGAAGCCAGCGGGGUGGUUGGUUACCCUUCAACAUGGUCCAAAUGGUCAUGAUGCACGAGCUAGCGCAUAACACACAUAUGAAUCACGGGCGGGAUUUCUGGAAGACGAGGAAUCUAUAUGUUGAAGAGUUGAAAUCGCUCUGGCAGAGAGGUUAUACGGGAGAGGGAUUUUGGGGCAGUGGAAGGGCACUGAGUGAUUUGUCCCUUGUGAUGAGUGGGAACAAUGUGUUGGCGAGUGAGGAGUUGGCGAGACUUCCACUUUGCGGAGGGACGUUUCGUAGUCGACGGACAACGAGGAAAAGGAAGCGAGGGGCUGGGCAGGGUGAGGAAUUGACGUGGAAAGAGAAGCGCGAUCGACGGAUUGAGAAGAAAUUUGGGAAGAAUGGUGUUGCACUCGGUGAGGAUGAGAGUGAAAGGUUGGCUUUGGAUUAUAAUCAUGCGAAAAUGAAAACGAAAACGACCAAAGGGGUGGCAAAAGGGGUGUCGUUGGGCUUGACGAAGCCGAGGGUCGCGCAGAGUAAAAGGGGAAGAGAGCUCAGGGCAGCUGCUGCUUUGGCGAGAUUUGAGACGAAUAAGAAGGAGGUGGAUGUUUUGGAGCAACAAAAUACCAAAAACGAUGGAGAUGAGGAGGAGGACGACAACGAGGAAGAGGGUGAUGACCUGGAGGAGGAUGCUGUUGAUUCCAACGGUCGCAAAUUGCUCGAUAGUCAGGGACAGGGUAUGGUUCGUGUUUGCGAUCAUGAAGACGCUGGCCACGAUGUCGAUGCGAAGCAUGAGUUGGAGGAGAUGAAUUUUUUGGAUCGCUAUUUCAAGCCUGUGAUUCAGCGGCAACAGCAGAAGCAGGAACAGGAACAGGAACAGCAACAGCAGCAGAAACGACCCGCCUCGGAUCAAACAAGGUCUAAUGGCGACGACUACGUGAAAGGCAAGAAUGGCUUACUGUCAAACGAUGCUGCGGAGCGACCUACAUCCCCAGAUUUAGAUGACCAGUCGAGAAACGAACAGGACUCGUCUGGAAUAUCAAGGGAUACAAGCGUGCAACUUGAACAAACCACCUUAGGCACAACGCCUGAACAUGAUGCCUCAUCCAGACUUCGACUCGACAACAGGACGACGCCACGAGUCGUCUCGCCUGGAUCGUCGACUUCCACCUCAAGGCGAACAAGAACAGUGACAGGGACAGAGAGUCUUGAUAUACCUGGUCCGAAACCAGAAACACAACGAACAGUACCUAAACAGGAAGACCAAGCGGAGCAAACGACGCAGACUCAAUCUGCACCAGCACCAGCACCAGCACCAGCACCAGCACCAGCACCAGCAAGCGUAUCACCCUCACCGACCAUCCCUACUGCCACUACCACCGGCAUUUCCAGCGCCUGCCCUACUUCUACUUCAUCCGUUCUCUGUAGUAGUGCUACUACUACGAUAUCCUGUCCAAUCUGCUCUCUCGACAACCCCCGCCUCAACGCCAUCUGCAUGGCAUGUUCGCACGUUCUGGAUCCCCAUAAAGACCCGCGGCAUUGGGUGUGUCGGAGCGAGUCGUGCCGAAAUAGUGGCUACCUCAAUGCCGGAGAUGCGGGUCUUUGUGGAAUUUGUGGUGAGAGGAGAAGGUGA